AUGAGUGUCAAUAUUAAAGGCGAACCUAAUGAAACUCAUCCUUCUGAGCUACAGGAGGUAAAUAAUGAAGGCCAUAACUUUACUAAUGAUGAUAUACCCGAGUCUCAAAAUCCGAGUAAUCAACAAGCGCAUGAUGACCAAGUUGAUAUAAAUAUGGAUGAGAUUGAUAAAGUGAUAUCUGAAUCUAUUAACCAUGGAAACGAACAAACAGAAUAUCAACAGUCUUACAUUGAUAGCAAUGAUAGCUCAAAACAUCACCUUGAGGAAGCUGGAAGUAGUACCACAGAUGAUAAUAAUAAGCGUCAAAGGGUAGACGAAUAUGGGACGAAUUCUAGUGAACAUGGGUAUACGGGUAUUGUUUCUGAGGAAGGGGACAAGCAAGCAAAUAGCUCUAGAAAUGAAACGGAGCAAAACGAGAACACAGAAACUCCGCAGCAAGACUCUAAUAACACAGGAAUUUCAAUGGCACAACCUCAAGGAGAGAGUCAGAAUGUUACAAAAGACGUUCAGAAUAACGAAAAAGAGGAUUUUAAAGAAAGAAAGAGUACUUCCCAAGUCAACUGUGACAAUGAAAUAAACCACGAUCAGAGUAGGCAGCAAGAAGAACAAAUAAAUCUGGCCCAAACAGCAGAACAAGAUAAAAAUAAGCAAAAUAAUGAAUUAGAAUUGGAGUUCGAAAAAGCUAUCGAAGAUCACCAUCAGCAGAUGUCUAAGUCGCCUGAGCCCUCAAAUACGCGUGAAGGUGUGAUAAAUGAAAAAAGAGAUUUACAGAUGAUUGCAAGCGAAUUAGAAAAGGCUACCGAAUCCAACAAGGAUGCAUCUAAGGAGAAAGAAUCAGAUGAAGGUGAGCAAACCAAGGUAUACCAUGGUGGAUUAAACGUUCCUGCUAAUUCUGAAUUGUUAAAUACUAACACGGCUUAUGCUGCUUAUAAUGCAUUAUCAAGUCAAUUACCUCCACUUUCAAUCUUAGCGAAUGCACAUUUGGCGGCGUUACCGUUACCUAUCGUGGCAGCUGAUUACCUUCCACCAAGAAUUCAACUAUUAAUUAAUACUUUGCCUACAUUAGAUAAUUUAGCGUCGCAGUUGUUGAGAAUCGUCGCCCUUGGUCCUUACCAGAAAAUAUUGGAUUUGGCAGCUCAUCCUGACACCCCUGCAGGGGCUACAUUUCGUGAUUUAACAUCUUUAUUUGAAUUUACUAAACGAUUAUAUUCGGAAGAGGAUCCAUUCUUGUCGGUCGAACAUUUGGCCCCAGGCAUGUGGAAAGAAGGAGACAAAACCCCAAGUAUUUUCAGAAAUAGAGAACAGCUGAUUGAGCUGACAUUAAGAAAAGUUAACCUUGCAACAUUUUUAGGGGCAACUUUAGGUACGAUUGAAGUAGGGUUUUUCUAUUUGAAUGAAUCGUUCUUAGAUAUAUUUUGUCCAGCAAAUAACCUAGAUCCUGCAAACACAUUAUCCAACAUGAGCCCACAUAACAUGAGUUUACAAAGUGGUGUUAAUACCAUCAUUGGUGAUAAGAUUGGAAAAUUGUUAAAACCGCAAACAGUAUUAUAUCUCGAUUUGAAAACGCAAGCAUAUAUAUCAGCCGUCGAGGCUGGUGGAAGGUCCAGGGAAGAUAUCUUAGAGGACAUUUUACCUCAUAAUUUAGAGGACAUUUUAUUGGAGAGACGCAAGACAAAGAUACUAACUCCAACAGAAUUCGACUUUAUAGACCGCUGCAAGUCCAGAAAAGAGAUAUUAUUGAACUAUCCAAGCGACAAGGCAUUAAGUGAAGAAUAUGAUUGGUUGUCAUUUUUGAAGGAACUCUUUGAAUAUUCGGCUAAGAACAUGGGCUUUUUGAUAUGGGGUAAAAAAGGAAGAGCCACGAAAGAAAGGAACACCACUAAUAAAGAAGCCGAAGUCUCCAAUACACCCCACAGUGAUGAAGUUGUGGCAUCUGUAUCGACUAACGACACAACUUCCAUUACAUCUACAGGUAAUAAUCCAACCACCUAUGAUUUGAGAAGCCAAGAAAUCAGUGAUAUAACCAAGGCCCUCUUGCCCUCGGAAAUUCAAGAGCAACAAAUUCACCUUAGGUUGAACCCUGGCUCGAACGUCAAAAGCUUACAGAGACGUCCAUGGACCAGAGAAGAAGAAAAGGCUCUUAGACACGCAUUAGAAUUGAAGGGCCCUCUGUGGUCCAACAUCUUGGAAUUGUUUGGCGCGGGAGGAAAAAUAUCUGAAGCUUUGAAGAAUAGAUCACAAGUGCAGCUCAAAGAUAAAGCUAGAAACUGGAAGAUGUUCUUCCUAAAGUCCGGCCUCCCAGUCCCUGCAUACUUACAGAAGGUUACCGGUGACCUUGAAAGAGAUGACAGGCUGAGACAAAACAAAAGGCUAAAUAGGAAUAGGAAAACGGCUGCUGCGCCGGUUCCUACUCCAAUCCAAAACCAGAAGUCCCCUGGACAGUGA